AUGCACUCUAACGUUUACAGAGAAAAACAUAAAAUACAGUUCAGCAGGCUAGCUACAGAUGAUGAGAUCGAUUCCAUGCCAAUGUCUGUUUUCCGAGAACGUCUUCUGCAACAGAGAGGUUCAUUGAAACUGUCACCAACUCAGGUUCAAACAUUGUGUGAGAAUGCGGACAAGAACAAAGACGAAGUCAUUACUGUCGAAGAAUUUUCCGAAUUAAUAUCUAGCAAGGAUGCACAGAAGUCACAAGUUGCUCGUGUGCUGUACACCAUUGCUGAUGGAUUCAUCACACCUAGUCAGAAAGUAGAUGUUCAUUCUUAUAUUGACGAAUACACCCUGUGCCCUCCACCCAUCUUCAUUUUACUAAUCACCUUAAUCGAAAUUGGAGUUUUUUUGUAUUAUUUUUUCACUUUACCCGAUGGAUCUCAUGCUGAUAUUUGGACUUACUGCGCUGGUUGCAAUCAUGGUGGAAACUAUGGAGUCUUUCUCUUCGUUCCCAAGCUUAGAGAACAAGCUUGGCGUUUUACUUCAUAUGCUCUACUUCACUCUGGACUUCAUCAUUUGCUGGGUAAUGUUAUUAUCCAAUUACUUGUUGGCAUCCCCCUUGAAGUCGUUCACAAAAUUUGGAGAAUCGGUCCAUUGUAUGUUCUCGCUGUUACUUCAGGUGCUCUUCUCCAGUACUCUGUAGAUUCAUCCGUACUAUUGGCGGGUGCUUCGGCUGGAGUAUAUGCACUCAUCACUGCUCAUUUAGCUAAUGUGUUUUUGAAUUGGUCUGAAAUGCCUUUCCGUUGGGUUAGGUUAGCUGUGUUGGGCGUAUUUCUCACAUAUGACGUUGGGGGUGCACUCUAUAGGAGAUAUUAUUUGAAUGAAUGUGAUAUGAUAUCUCAUGCGGCUCACUUCGCAGGUGGACUAACGGGUGUUUGCUUUGGUGUUUUUGUGCUCUAUAACAUAGUGGAUCAUGUUUAUGAAAAGAUCAUUCGAAGGAUUUGCGUAACUGCUUACAUCAUCUUCUUCAUAGGGAUCACAGCUUUGGCAAUUAUCAGACCUCCACACUCAACUCCACUUAUUGAUUCUUGUGUUUCCAAUUAA